GCGCCGUUGCGACGGUUCUGGAAGCGAGUCGGUGGUGACCCAAAUCGGAGAGAGAGAGAAGAGAGAGAGGGAGAGAAGGCGCUUCUUGGGUUGCUCACCCUUCUUCUCCAACUCGACGAGCUUUCUCGAUUCCGCCUUCGGGCAAUCGGUGGAGGUGCGCGUCGCGCUGAACGGUCGAGUGCUUGUCGCUUCGGUUCUCUUCUUCAUUCUUCGCAGUUUUCUAGGGUUCCUCCACUGCAGCGCUGGGAGACUGAAGUUUGUCUCUGUGCGUUUCGUUGUUGGCUGAGAUCCGAAGUGUUACUUCACCAAAAGGCGGUUUUGAUCACUGAACAGGCUUUAAGAUCAGUUCUUUUCCAGUUGCCUUAUCUGGAUUUCUAUUAAGAAGACUUGCUGCCAGUGCCAUGUUUUUUUUCCUCUAUAGAUGAGAUUUCCGUUAAGAGUACCCAAUUGAGUCGGAGUUGCUCUAGCAGUUCCGAACUUUUAUUGUUGACGCAGUUGUUUACGGAGGAUAGAAGUGAGAAUGAAGAUUGUUUCUAUGCGCUUCGUUUUUGGCUGAGAUCCGAAGUGUUACUUCACCAUAAGGCGGUUUUUGGUCACUGAAGGAGCUUAAGAUCGAUUCUUUCCUGAUUGUCUUAUCUGGAUUUCUAUUAAGAAUACUUCCUGCCUGUGCCAUUUCUUUGCUUUCCCCCCUCUUUUGAUGAGAUUCAUGUUAAUAAUACCCAAUCGAGUCGCAAUUGCUCUAGCUGCUUGGAAGUUUAGUGUUGGGGCAGUCGUUUACAGAAGACAGAAUUAAUCGAUCAUUUACAGGGCUUUGAUUCUUACACUUUCAGUAGCAAUGCGGUGGGGCUUAGUUCAGGUUUUGAGAUCAGAAGAACUGAAACAAAGUAUUUUCACUUGUCAUGUCUAAGGCUAUUUAUUCUGAUGUUACAUGCAGUGUUACAGACCAUAGUGUAGAAAGAAGUGUUUUUUAGUGGAUUAAAUCUUGUUAUAGGAAUGAAUUCAGGAUAAGAAAGGCACUGGGGGCGUCAUGAAUUCCAGUAUAGAUGAGAUUACUCUCCUCCACCAAGCACAGGCCCGGGCCACAGCCCAUCAUAUGGUCGUGAGAGGGAUUGGGGAAGAAAUUGACUUGGAGAUCGGACCUGGAGAUGAUGACCCAACGUUCUCCAGCACUACCCUUGUAGUCGUACCUACACAUGAAUCAGUCACUCCUGAUGAUCAAGAUGACCACAAGCAGAUACUUUUGGCAUCUCAGGUUCUCACUGAUGAUCAAUCUCAACUAGUGAAGGCACCUCAUGGGAAAAGAAAGAAGAAGGUAGUGAAAAAGUGGAGGGAGGAAUGGGCAGAUACCUACAAGUGGGCCUAUGUAGAUAUGCAUGAAAGUACAGCAAGGAUAUUCUGUUCAGUUUGUAGAGAGUAUGGAAGGAAACAUCGGAGGAAUCCGUAUGGAAAUGAAGGGAGUAGGAAUAUGCAAAUGAGCGCAUUGGAAGAACAUAACAACAGCUUGCUGCAUAAGGAAGCUCUUCGUCUCCAGAUGGCAUCUAAGGACAAGGGUCUUCCUGUUGUGGAUAGACCUGUUUAUGUCAAAGCAUUAAUGUCAAAGUCUGCUAGUUCCAUUCUUGAGUCAGUUUUGAGAAGGGACCCUCAUGAAGUUGAGUUUAUACAAUCUGUUCAAGAGGUGGUUCAUUCUUUAGAGCCUGUAUUGCUGAAGAACUCUCACUAUGUCCAUAUCCUGGAACGUUUAUUGGAACCUGAGCGAGCGGUAUUUUUUCGAGUGCCAUGGGUUGAUGAUAGGGGAGAGACUCAUGUUAACCGAGGUUUUCGAGUGCAGUUUAGCCAGGUCCUAGGUCCAUGUAGAGGAGGCCUUCGGUUUCAUCCAUCAAUGAACUUGAGUAUUGCAAAAUUUCUUGGAUUUGAGCAGACCUUAAAAAAUGCUUUAUCUCCAUAUAAGUUUGGAGGAGCCGGGGGAGGGAGUGAUUUUGAUCCAAAGGGAAAAAGUGAGACUGAGAUCAUGCGAUUCUGUCAAAGCUUUAUGGAUGAGUUAUAUAAAUAUCUGGGUCCUGACCAGGAUCUUCCUGCAGAAGACAUGGGUGUUGGUCCAAAAGAAAUGGGUUACCUCUUUGGCCAGUAUAGGCGUCUUACUGGCCAUUUUCAGGGAAGUUUUACAGGGCCAAAAAUAUUCUGGUCUGGAUCAAGUCUCCGCACUGAAGCUACUGGUUAUGGACUGGUUUUCUUUGCACGUCUUAUUCUUGCUGAGAUGAACAAGGAACUCAAAGGACUAAGAUGUGCAGUUAGUGGUUCUGGGAAGAUAGCAAUGCAUGUCCUCGAGAAGCUUCAUUCUUGUGGUGCUAUCCCAAUUACUAUUUCAGAUUCCAAAGGAUAUUUACUGGAUGAAGAUGGAUUUGACUAUAUAAAAAUAUCGCUCAUUCGAGACAUUAAGCUUCAACAAAAAAGUUUGAGAGAGUAUUUGAAACCCAAUCCAAGGGCCAAGUACUUUGAAGAUGCAAAACCUUGGUGUGAACGAUGUGAUAUUGCCUUCCCUUGCGCUUCUCAAAAUGAAAUAGACCAACCUGAUGCCAUUGCCUUGGUAAAUUCUGGAUGUCGUGUACUUGUAGAAGGUUCAAAUAUGCCCUGUACCCCUCAAGCAAUUGAUAUUCUAAGAAAAGCUAAAGUAUUGGUUGCUCCAGCAAAGGCUGCAAGUGCUGGAGGGCAGGUAGCAGUUGGAGAGCUUGAACUUAGCCAUGAGUGCAACAUGAUGCAGGGGUCAUCUGAGGGCUUUGAUGCUAAGUUACAGGUAUUCGAGGCUAAAUUACAGGAAACCAUGAAACAGAUGUAUGAGAGGUCAGUGAAAGCCGCGAGUGAAUACAACUACCUGAAAGAUAAUCCAGAAGGAUUGGUUCAUGGUGGAAACAUCUGUGCAUUCCUCAAUAUUGCUCAUGCAAUGAUUGAUCAAGGCUGUGUCUGAAUCGAACCCCAAUUCAUAUGACCAAACCAUCGUUUUACUGGGAGGAGAAGAUGGAGUCAUCUAUGCCAUCGAAAGAAUAUGCGACCGGUGUCACGCCUUGUCUCCGUGGCAUUCUACACCAGUUGAAUGCUUUGCCACUGGAAAGGUAAUGUGCCAAGUAGUUAGUAGCUUAGCUAGUUGUAAAAUAGGCAUUCUUGAGAAUUUUCAGAAGGGAUUCAUCAGAGCCAUAUAGUUGUCUGUUGAGUGAACUGUGAACCUGAUAACCAAUUGGCUUGCUAACAAAUAAAAUGCAAUUAUUUAUUUA